AUGCUCCCCUCCCUUCUCCGCACUACAGCGCCGGUUCGCAACUCUAUCCUCCGCACCACCCCCACCCUUAUCGCAAACAUGAGCUCCGCUACCUUCGAACGCAUCAAGGUCAAGAACCCCGUCGUCGAGAUGGACGGUGACGAGAUGACUCGCAUCAUCUGGAAGAAGAUCCGUGAGGAGCUCAUCCUUCCCUACCUUGACAUCGACCUCAAGUACUACGACCUCGGCAUGGAGAACCGUGAUGCUACCGACGACAAGGUCACCGUCGAGUCCGCCGAGGCCACGCUCAAGUACAACGUCGCCGUCAAGUGCGCCACCAUCACCCCCGAUGAGGCCCGUGUUGAGGAGUUCAAGCUCAAGAAGAUGUGGAAGUCGCCCAACGGCACCAUCCGUAACAUCCUCGGCGGUACCGUGUUCCGUGAGCCCAUCAUGCUCAAGGACCUUCCCAAGCCCGUUCCAGGAUGGACCAAGCCCAUCAUCAUCGGCCGCCACGCCUUUGGUGACCAGUACCGCUCGACCGACCUGAUCGUUCCCGGCCCCGGCAAGCUCACCCUCAAGUUCGUUCCCGAGAACGGUGGUGAGGAGUCCGAGCUCGAGGUCUUCCAGUUCCAGAGCCCCGGCGUCGCCAUGUCGAUGUACAACACCGACGAGUCGAUUGUCGGCUUCGCCCACUCCUCGUUCAAGAUGGCUAUUUCCAAGAAGAUGCCCCUCUACAUGUCGACCAAGAACACUAUCCUUAAGAAGUACGACGGUCGCUUCAAGGACAUCUUCGCCGAGGUCUUCGAGGCCGACUACAAGACUGAGUUCGAGAAGCUCGGCAUCUGGUACGAGCACCGCCUCAUCGACGACAUGGUCGCCCAGGUGAUCAAGUCGGACGGUGGCUUCGUUUGGGCGUGCAAGAACUACGACGGCGACGUCAUGUCUGACGUUCUUGCCCAGGGCUACGGCUCGCUCGGCAUGAUGACUUCGGAGCUCAUCACCCCCGACGGCAAGGUCAUGGAGGCCGAGGCCGCCCACGGCACUGUCACCCGCCACUACCGCCAGUGGCAGAAGGGCCAGAAGACCUCGACCAACCCCGUUGCGUCGAUCUUCGCCUGGACCCGUGGUCUUUCGUUCCGUGCCAAGCUCGACAACACCCCCGAGCUCGCGCAGUUCGCCGAGGCGCUCGAGGCCGCCUGUGUCGACGUCAUCAACGCCGGCAUCAUGACCAAGGACCUUGCCCUCUCGAUGAAGGGCAAGGCCAUGACCGACGCUGACUGGGCCACCACCGACGAGUACAUGGACGCCGUCAACAAGAACCUCCAGCAGAAGCUCCAGGCUCGCAAGAACAAGCUCUAA